CUUGAGAAAGUCGUAGCCUUACAAGCAUCUCAAGACCCAUACCCUCUCUUCUCUCAAUCUAAAAUCAAUUUUGGCUCAAAAUCUCAAAUUGGGUUUAGCCAAAAUUUCUCAAGUCCGCUCCCUCCACCCCAAGACUCAAAAGGAGCUAUGUAUGGAGAGUAUUGGAGAUUUAGAAGGAAAAGAUUUUGGCGAUACUUGGAGACGAAAAUCUCUGAGGCUUUUGCUGCUAAGAUUCACAAAGGUUAUUUUCUACAAAUUCAAGGAACUAUAGUAUUUGAGCAACUUUGUUGUGAUGGCAAGAAAAAGACAGAGAAAUUUCAGUCAAGAAAUGCUUCUGCCUGAUGUUCCGGAGCAACAAGAAGAACAAAUGGGAGGUGCGGCGAUGCCUCAACCACCUCAAAACUGGCCACAAAAUGAAGGACAAGAUAUCCGAUCCGACUCUAGUACUAAUGAAGAGCAAUCUAAGCGACCUAGGGGUCCUACUAUGAUGCACUCGGGAUGGGGAAAAGAUGGUGGCAUUUUACAUGUUGAGUUGAAUCAUCUUAAUCAAGCUAUUCGACCUGAUGCAGCUAGAUUGAGUUCAAAACUUGGAGUCAUAGCACGAAAUGACAUUUUAGCUCCUUUAAAUCAUAAAGAUUGGAGGCUUGUGCCUAAACUGUACAAGAAUAGGAUAUGGGCUCAUAUUAAGGUGCUUAGAAAAUUAAAGAAAAAGGUUAUGUACUAAGAUGCUUAUUGAUUUUAUGCUUUUAUACAUGUGUUAUACGUUGAUGUUUGCAAGAAAAUACUGAUGCAACUGAGGAUAUGAGACGUAUUUUGAUGAUAUCGGUUGGAUCUAAAUAGAAAGAACGGAAGCAUGAAGUAAAAAUGAUUGGUUAUGAGCCAUACAACAACGAUAUCGAGCGCUUAGCUAAACGUCCAGAUAGGGUAGAAGAAGACUAGUGACGUGCAUUAGUUCAUUAUUGGAGCUCUAAUGAAGCAAAGGAAAAGAGCGAGAGGAACAAAGAAAGUCGAAGGAAGUUGACUAUGUCACACGCAUCAGGAAGAAAAAGUCAUUCUCAAAUUAUAGAUGAUAUGACAAAGAAGAAUGGUGUAAAACCAAGUCGUAUCGAGGUAUUCAAAGAAACACAUACGAGAAAGAAUAAACAACCAGUAAAUGAGAUAGCUGAUGAAACUAUGAAAGAAAUGGAUGAACUUGCUAAGGUGUAUCCCGAGUUAAAUGUCCCUGGAAGUGCUCUCAAUGAUGUGUAUGCACAGGUUAUGGGACAAGACACUCAUGGAAAUGUUCGAACUUUAGGAAAAGGAGCAGCUCCAAGUUUUGUUUAUGGCCCUGCAUAUAAGCGGUCCCAUGCUGAGCAAAGAGAUUUUGAUAGAAGGGUUGAGAUAGAAGUUGAAAAAACUACCUCCGCUAUGAGAAUUGCAAUGGAAGAAAAAUUGUCUGAAGCAAAAGAAGAAAUAGAAGCAACGGAGAAAGAGUUAUUUGAAGCAAAAGAAGAAAUAAAAGCGAUGGGGGAAAAAAUGUUAGAAGCAUUAAAGGAUAUGGAUGCAAAAAUAGAAGAUAAAGUAAAGCUGGGUAUAAAUGCAUAUCUUAAAUCUUUGGGUAUUACUAUUGGCUCAAUUAAGAAAUUAUCUGGUGAUGAGCAGCUUUCUGAUAACUCAAUGGACGAUCACCAACAAUCACUAUCACCUAUUUCACUUGUUCACACAAAGAUGGUUAACAUAAUCAAGAAGACUGGAGUUAGUGAAGUAGGCACAAAGAAAAAAAAGAGCGGCAUUCUUGAAGGAAGUGAUGUCAAUUACUAGCAGUGAAAAGCUUGAUUUGUGGAGAGUUGGUUUUAUAAGAUUUAGCCUAGAAGUUGAGGAAAAUUAAUUCGAAUUAGGAGCGAUCUUACAGUACUUAUACAUUGAAAUUACUAUCUUUUAUGAUUUAGUUAGAUUUGGGUUUUACGUGAGAGAAAAUCAUUUAAUUUGACAUUAUCUAUCUUGUACUAAGUACGUUUUAUAUUGCUAUUUUGUUCUUUGGUUA